AUGCUUGGAGCUCUAGGAUGCAUCACCCCUGAAGUUCUUGAAAAAUGGGUUAAAGUAGACUUCAAAGAACCAGUUUGGUUCAAGGCUGGAGCUCAAAUCUUUUCUGAAGGUGGACUUCAUUAUUUGGGCAACCCUAAUCUUGUUCAUGCUCAAAGCAUUCUGGCAGUGCUUGGCUUCCAAGUUGUUCUAAUGGGACUUGUUGAAGGAUUUAGAAUCAAUGGUCUUCCUGGAGUUGGAGAGGGCAACAACCUUUACCCUGGUGGUCAAUACUUUGAUCCUCUUGGCCUAGCUGAUGACCCGGUCACCUUUGCUGAGCUCAAAGUGAAGGAAAUCAAGAACGGAAGAUUGGCUAUGUUCUCCAUGUUUGGAUUCUUCGUACAAGCUAUUGUCACUGGAAAAGGCCCUCUUGAGAACCUGUUGGACCACCUCGACAACCCUGUUGCUAACAAUGCAUGGGUCUAUGCCACCAAGUUUGUGCCAGGAUCAUAA